AUGGGCCCCGAAGCAUCAGGAUGGAGCUCCUGCGGGGCUCAGCAGCCGCACACGGCGGCAGCUACAAGACGGGGUGAGAGCGGGGGCUCCUCCGCGGUACGGAGUCAACGCCAACGUCACGCUGCUCCCCCCGUGCAGCCCGAGCACGGGGUGUUCGACAGCGGGUGGGCUCCGUCCCCCGCCCCUGGCCUGCUCCCCCCCGUAGCGCGGGGCAGCCCCCAGCCCAACGCCUGCAAUCAUCAAAUCAACGGCGUUUUGCAGCCGGCGCCCCUGGAACGCCGGUCACCCUCGUGUGUACCUGGGAGCUUGGAGGAUCCAAAAACUGUGACACAUCAUAAGUUGAUACAUGCUACUUCUGAGAAGGUGCUGACAGACACAAAAACAGUGUUGGAGGAAAACAUUCAAGAUAGAGAUGUCUUGCUUUUAAUAAAGAAGCGUGCGCCACCUCCGCUCCCCAAAAUGGCAGAUGUGUCAGCAGAGGAGAAAAGGAAACAAGAGCAGAAAGCUCCUGAUAAGGAUGCUAUUCUCAAGGCAACUGCAAAUCUGCCCUCUCGCAAUGUAGAUCGCACCGUGGCCCAUCACAACAUGAGGGAUUUCCAGACAGAGCUCCGGAAGAUAUUAGUGUCUCUCAUAGAAGUUGCACAGAAAUUGCUAGCACUGAACCCAGAUGCAGUUGAACUGUUUAAGAAGGCAAAUGCCAUGCUGGAUGAGGAUGAGGAAGACAGAGUGGAUGAGAUAGCUCUGCGACAGCUUACAGAAAUGGGGUUUCCAGAAAGCAGAGCUGUCAAAGCCCUUCGAUUAAAUCAUAUGUCAGUGACACAGGCCAUGGAGUGGUUGAUAGAACACGCAGAUGACCCUACGGUGGAUGCUCCACUUCCAGGUCAGACUCCAUCAGAAGCCACAGCUGUAGCUGGUGCAUCCCCCGCUGAAGCUGGUGCAUCCUCUGCUGAAGCGACUGCAGGUUCUAGUUCAGAAGCAGGUGGGGAAGAGGCCAAGGAUGAGCUGACAGAAAUAUUCAAGAAGAUCCGGAGGAAAAGAGAGUUUCGUCCAGACCCACGGGCUGUCAUUGCCCUGAUGGAGAUGGGAUUUGAUGAAAAAGAAGUGGUAGAUGCACUCAGAGUAAACAACAACCAGCAAAAUGCAGCCUGUGAAUGGCUGCUGGGAGACAGAAAGCCUUCUCCAGAGGACUUAGAUAAGGGAAUUGACACCAAUAGCCCUCUGUUCCAAGCCAUCUUAGAAAACCCAGUGGUACAGUUAGGGCUAACCAACCCUAAAACUCUACUAGCCUUCGAGGAUAUGCUUGAAAACCCCUUGAACAGCACUCAGUGGAUGAACGAUCCAGAAACUGGGCCCGUCAUGCUACAGAUCUCUCGAAUCUUCCAGACACUGAAUCGCACGUAGAGGGGAAUGCCAGUCCACUGUGCCGCUUCCUACUGUCCCUCGCUUCACCUUCUCCUCACCGGGAGGGUGCACGGGUUGUUUGGGGAGGGGGGCAGAUGGAAGGGGGUGGGGGAGAUCCUGCCUGAAUGGGUCUCUCGCACGAGAGCUUAUGUAGUUAUGGCCAACCGAAGCUAAUUGCCUUGUGGAUUUAGUGUUAGUGGAAGAGGUUUGAAGACUUGUUUAUGUUUUCAGGUAUUAGGUUUAAAAUAAAGUAUAUCAAAAAAUAGGAAAAGGUUUUGUGAAAACAAUUAAGAAUCUGAUUGUUGGAAAGAAAUAUGAUAAUGCUUGUUAAAAAGGCCUGUGGCAGUAGUUUUCUAGCCAGUUUUGCUAGCAUCUGGCUAGUGUUUACAAAAGGUCACUGACCACUAGCAUAGGAUAUUAAUCAUCUCCAUACAGUAUUAAUUUAUGGCUAUAUCAAAUUAUGAAAUGCUUUUUUAAAUUGAUUCUUAGGAAAUGUUUUUUAAAAGUCCAAAUAUUGGGAGAGCAAGCACAUUUCUAUCCAAACUUGUUUAUCUUGCAUUAUAAUUUAAACAGAAUAAUUCAGAGAUGGAAUUCUUUUAAUAAAUAGCAUUACUUUUUCC